CUAGAGGGAGCUCCUCCGGACUGCAUCUGCCCGUGCGCCCCGGUUCCUUUCAUAGGCUCCUCCGCCCCCUCCCCUCCCUCCUUCCCCCGUGAUGGCGGAGGACAGCGAGUCUGCGGCCAGCCAGCAGAGCCUGGAGCUGGAUGACCAGGACACCUGCGGCAUAGACGGCGACAAUGAGGAGGAGGCCGAGCAUGCCAAGGGAAGUCCUGGAGGCGAUUUGGGAGCGAAGAAGAAGAAAAAGAAGCAGAAGAGAAAAAAGGAAAAACCAAAUUCUGGAGGCACCAAAUCAGAUUCUGCGUCUGACUCCCAGGAGAUUAAAAUUCAACAGCCUUCAAAAAAUCCAGCCAUACCAAUGCAGAAGCUUCAAGACAUCCAGAGAGCAAUGGAGCUGCUUUCUGCAUGCCAAGGCCCAGCAAAGAAUAUUGAUGAGGCUACCAAACGUAAAUACCAGUUUUGGGAUACACAACCUGUACCUAAACUUAAUGAAGUUAUAACUUCCCAUGGUGCAAUUGAACCAGACAAGGACAACGUCCGCCUAGAGCCAUAUUCUUUACCACAAGGUUUUAUGUGGGACACCUUGGAUCUUAGCAAUGCUGAAGUUCUGAAGGAGUUAUACACACUGUUAAAUGAGAAUUAUGUAGAAGACGAUGAUAAUAUGUUUAGGUUUGAUUAUUCACCUGAAUUUCUUCUGUGGGCGCUGCGUCCUCCGGGCUGGUUACCACAGUGGCACUGUGGGGUUAGGGUGUCUUCAAACAAAAAACUGGUAGGAUUCAUAAGUGCCAUCCCUGCAAAUAUUCGUAUUUAUGACAGUGUGAAGAAAAUGGUAGAAAUCAAUUUUCUGUGUGUCCAUAAGAAACUGAGAUCUAAACGGGUAGCACCAGUACUGAUACGGGAAAUAACCAGAAGAGUAAACCUGGAAGGAAUCUUUCAGGCUGUUUACACUGCUGGAGUGGUACUCCCCAAGCCUGUGGCCACUUGCAGGUAUUGGCACCGAUCACUGAAUCCCAGAAAACUGGUGGAGGUGAAAUUUUCACAUUUGAGUAGAAACAUGACUCUACAAAGGACAAUGAAGCUCUACAGACUUCCUGAUGCCACAAAGACUUCAGGCUUGAGACCAAUGGAACAAAAAGAUACUAAAGCAGUACAAGAAUUAAUCAACACUUAUUUGAAACAGUUUAAUCUUGCUCCUGUGAUGGAUGAAGAAGAAGUAGCCCACUGGUUCCUGCCUCGGGAUCAUAUUAUUGACACUUACGUAGUAGAGGGCUCAAAUGGUACUUUAACAGACUUCCUGAGUUUCUACACAUUACCUUCAACAGUGAUGCACCAUCCUGUUCAUAAAAGCCUCAAAGCUGCCUAUUCCUUUUACAAUAUUCAUACAGAGACCCCCCUCUUGGACUUAAUGAAUGAUGCACUCAUUAUAGCUAAAUUGAAAGGAUUUGAUGUGUUCAAUGCACUAGACUUAAUGGAAAACAAAACCUUCCUGGAAAAACUCAAGUUUGGGAUUGGAGAUGGAAAUUUGCAGUAUUAUUUGUACAACUGGAGGUGUCCUGGCAUGGAAUCUGAAAAGGUUGGUCUUGUAUUACAAUGAGGACACUUGUGUUUCUAGAACUCUGAGGUCAUCGUUUGAGUUAAUUUUGAUCUCCAUAACUCUCGGAACGGUGUCGUUCAGGAGGAGUUAAAAGCACAACGUCAGUGAUCCUGAAAUAGUCCAUUAAACCUGAACAACCAAGACAUCCAUAUGUGACCAAAUUUACACGUUUUCAGAUAGAUCAGAAGGCCCAUGAAACUUUUCUUGUCCAUGAAGAGAAUAAAAGCACAUUCAUUUAAGUUUCAAAGCUUAGCUUGCACCUUGAUGAGAAGAAGGUAUUUUUUUUCCACUCUGUAGAAAAGACUGUUUUGUACAAACUGAACUUCAGUGGUGGAUUAGGGUACAAAAAUAUUUGCUAUUAUGUGGAUGAACUGCUGCAUUUCUAUUUAUUAAGUGGUGGUGUAUGUUUGUCAGUGUAACAGAAUGAAGGAUACAAACUUUGAGUAUCUUUGCUUAUUUACUUCACACGGAUAUCAUCAUUUGGGGGGAAAACCAUGGAAGUUUGUAGCUCUCUGAAAGUCCUGGAUGUUUUUGUAACUGGAGCAGUAUGACAAUGUGCUGGUUUAACCCCGGUGCAUUUGUUUCUCCGUAAGCAAACGCUGCCAAAUCAAUAAAAAUACAGAUUUGUACUUUGAUCUUCAAUAGAUCAGUGGAUUGAUUUAACAGUAUCGCACUGUUCAGUGCAGGUGUAACCUAUGUUGCCGGAAUGAUAAUACAUUACUGUACUUAAUUUACAGUUGUGGCACAAAACCUUAGUUUUUCCUCAGUAGAAUAACAUCAGCCUGUGUGUAAAACUAAGAAUUUUAGUAGUGCUAUCAGGAUAUUUAUAGUUUGAAUGUUUUCGAGGCUUCUGCAAAAUUGCACAUACUCCUUUGUCUACUUUGAUUUCCUAUGAAGUCUGUAAUUCUAAUGACAAGUAUCUUGUGUAAAUAUGUGUUCAUAAAUUGUUCCUGGUAGUGUUUUUAUCCUGACUUUGGAACAAGAAGUUUUGCUAUAUAUGUGGCUGGUAUGCAGAAGAGAAAUGCUCUCCCUUCAGUCCUUGGAAGUCUCUGUGCUGCACUUCCUGCAAGGUAGGAGGGCUGAUCCUUGUUGUUGGGGAGGAGCUUGUUUCAUUCCCUCCUGAAUGCUCCGCAACCAGGGCGGCUUCUGAAGCACUUUACCUGCAUUCCAGCCUAGUGUCCUAGCUAGAUGUGACAGCAGUUCUGUCAGCUCACGGCUGCUGCUGUGACCAUGAGCAUGGAGAAGAGCUGCAGUAAGGAACUCUUCUAGCUGCAAGUGCCAAAUUGUGGUAGUGAAGCCUCUGUGCUGUGAGCAUCUCUUGAAUGUGACUUGAAUAUCUCAUGAAAUGCAAAUGUCUGAAGUUUCCUUUUGAAUAUGCCUGUAAAUCUCAGACCAGAUUUUGCUGACAAUUGAAUUCUGUACCUGAAAACAUCAAUUUAGAUGAAUUUGUCUGUCCUUCAUAACUGCUAACCCUACCCACCUCCUCAUAGCAGUGGGGGAUUUCUUUCUUCCUGCUCCUUUUCCAGUGUGUGAAUGGCUUGGGGCUUGGUUUGUUUUUCUUGUUGAAUUGUGGUGGGAGGAUUCUGCCCUAGAAACAGUGAUGCUUUUUCCCUUGUUGCAUUACAGCUCUGUGAUGAAAGCAUUUGAUGUCCUUCAAAGGAAGGGACUGAAUGUGGUUUGUCUCAUGGGUAUGCACCAGCUCGGGGCCUCCCAAGUUGAAAAGGGCCUCAAGGGAGAUCUUUCAGAUAUCUAAUGGUGCAGUUGGGCUUUCCAACUUUGGCCAUUCUGAUAUCUGUCUGCUAGUAGCAGUCAUAAGAGGUGGUGCAGAGGGAGCUUGGACUCUGUGUGAGGCCUGAGCAGAAUUAAGUGCCUGAAAAUCUAAUCGAUGAGGUAACAAGAAUGAUUUAAUCUCAUCUCCAUCAAAGACUGAAGUUCUUAACUCCCAAAAGGCAGGAAGGUGCCUUCCUGGCUGGGCAUUUGCACUGGAGCUUGUUGCAAUGAGGAUGAGGAGGAGGUUCACCAAGGAGCUUGGUGCAUUCUGCUUUGGCUUAGCUUAGCUGCUGCCAAAUGUGAGGUGGCACAGCAGCACCUAGCUCUGUCCUCAUGGCAAAGGUACUUCCUUCCUAAGACAUGAUCAUGGCCCUAAUCCAAAUGAGUGGCCUUGAAUGCCAGGUGCAAGAUGUGCAAGAUGAAUGCUCAUGUUCUCUGCCUUCCCUCCUCUCAAAAAAAAUGCAAGCUGAAGAAAUGGUAGGCAGAGAAUGUCUCCUCUUUUCUCUGAAAUCAGAAAGCAAAUCCUCCCCAGCAUGAUCAAAUAUAUCCAUGUAGAAGACAGAGCUGAACCUGGGUUUCCUGCAGCCUGCCCUUCUGCCCUAAUCUUGCAGUAAUUGCACUUGAACAGUGCCAUUUGCUUCUGAAUCCCAGGGGUAAGCUCUGACUCAUUUUCUGGCUCAUGCUGCACAUUAACUGAGGGGAAGGAGGGCAGAGACAUGCUCCUGUAGAAGCUGAAGUGCUGUAGCUGAAAGUGUACUGGGCAUGAGGGAAGUGAGUAUCUGAGCCUGAGUAUUAGGGCAGUUGCUGGAGAGUUCCUAUGUUGAGUGCUGAAGCCUUUUGGCUGCUCCUGCUCUUUACUUCAAGUGAAGUGUUACAGCAUCCAGAGGAUGUGAAUCUUGAAGGUGUCCCAGCCUGCACUGAGGCAGUAGGACAGUCACUCAAGAGGUGGACAUUGCAGCAGCUCACCCUCACUUCCUAAGCAGGUACUUAACAAAAGGUUAUUAUCUGCCUGGGUGCUGCUGUCAGCAGCUCCAGGAGAGAGUCAUGUGUUACUUCCAAAGUGAAGAGAGCUAUAGGCCUGGGCAGGGAGUGAAGUGCUUGGAAGAUGAUUGCUGUGCUUAUGUUCUUUAACAAAGCUCAUCCUCAAGCUCUCUUUCAACAGCUGAGAUUUAAAUGUUACAGUUAGCCAGCAUGGGAAUUAAAUACAGUAGUGGUAGCAUGCCUUCAAUGCUUUAUGCAUCCAAAGCCAAAACAAAGGAUAUGUAUGAAGGAUGGUGAAGCAAGAUUAAAAAAACCCUUCACCUCUUCUUGCCACCCUUAGCCAAGGAGGGCAACAAUUUUGGCAUUAAAUGUCUUAGUUUUGUUUAAACUUCUGGGAGCAUCCUGACCACAGCAUCACUGCUGCUCUCUCCCUUUGUAGUUGGGAUUGUGAACUAAAAGUAACUUCUAAAUAACUCCCCAAGGUAGAGGUUAGCUAUCUGAUGGCACCAGAAAUCUGGAUAGCAAAUCUCUGCAACACAGAAAUUCUGUCUGUAAGGACCAACAAAGCAACUGCUGAGGUGUUUUAUGCUUUUUUCAGUACCACACUGACUUCUCCUUAAAAUGCAGAGCAACAAGUAAAUUCUAAGGUGGUUGAUUUCUUUUUCCUCUGACUUGCAGCACUAUCCCCUUUCCUUCCUACAACACAAGCGUCUCUUUAGGAAACUCUUUGUAGUCCUGAGUAAAGCUAAAGGAAACUCAAUGGCAUGUUUUUCAGUCUUGCAGUGGUUAUAGCUGUCAUCUACUUCCAUAUAGCAGUAUAUGGCUUAUCUCAAUGUCCUGCCAAAUAACCUUCGGUUCCAUUUAGCAAUCAAAUUGAGUUGAGGUUACAUUGUCUCACGGGAUGUGUGGUAGUAGUUUGCAUACAGAAACCUUUUCUCCAAAUGCAGCAGCAGUAAUUUGGUUUUGUUCUGUAGUAGCUGAAAAUUAAGUUUUUCCUUCAGCUGAUGGGACACCAAGGUACUGGAUGGAACCCAAGUCUGCAUAUAUGAUUGACCAAAGCAAGUUCACUGGUCAGCAGAGCCCGUGGUGGAAGCUCAGAAGGGAAGUCUGCCUGUGCUGUUACAGCUGUUUACUUGAAACAUGCAUUGAACCAGCUUUAAAAGAGUUAUACCGGCAUGGACCUUUGUUUAAAUAAACUUUCACUU